CUUGGCUGCCCGCCAGUGUCCAGCUUCCAGCAUGCUCGAGAAGGAACCAACAUCCCCCAUAUCUCCCCUCGCUCCCUACCCGCCCCUCCCGCCGACGGAGUCCCGUAGUCGUGCACCAGAAUUUUAUGGGUUCGUAGCAUGGACCUCGACCUAUCUUCUGUUCUGCGCAUACCUGCUAUGGGCUCUUCUGCCGGACAAAUACAUCGUGUGGCUGGGGGUGACCUGGUAUCCUAAUAGGGAAUGGGCGGUCCUCCUCCCGGCGUACUCUGUCGUAUUAGUGCUAUUAACAUAUCACACAUAUUUCGCCUUGGCACUUUCCGGGACGCCAGCCCUCUCUGAUAUCAGCACGAUAACAGACUCCCGGGCACAUCUGCCUCGUACGAACGCCGAAAAUCCGUAUGUCGCACACGCACGGCCUAGUGCUAUUCCGGAGAUGUAUGACAUGCCUAUCGGCAUGGUGAAUCGUGUUGUAUAUGGAACCCACAAACAGGCAUCUAGUCGCUAGUGCAAGCCUAAGCGACAGGCCACGCAAUGAGAGCAGAUUGCGUCCGCCGAUAAGGGCCACCUGCGCCAAUCUUCUUGCAUGAUUGGGUUUGAUACUCUGUAUGACGUGUGGACACGCCCGUCGAAUGGUAGCCAGAUCUCCCUUUUACAGGCCAACAUGACAUAUCUAUUAUAGCGUGCUAGGGAUCCAAGGUAACUUCCGAGCUCGCACCGAAAGAUCCGCUCCGCUGCGGCCGC